AUGGAUAUUAGUCUCACGAGCACCGGAAAGUCCGACCAGAAGGCAUGCAGUUCAGAUGACCUGCAGGGUUCAAGUCAUGUAAGGCCUUAUGCUUGUUCUUUCUGCAGGAGAGGCUUCACAAAUGCACAAGCAUUAGGAGGCCACAUGAAUAUCCAUAGAAGAGAUAGGGCAAAACUCAAACAAGCUUUGAACGAGAACUUUCUUUCUUUGAACAUCACAAAGUCGACUGAGGAAAUAAGCAGUGCGCCUGUAACCCCAAGUACUCCAUCUAUUGAAGAUGAUUGUGCUACUCCUAGAAAUAAGGCUAGCGAAGAAUUUCAGCAGCUACCCUUUAUUGUUGAUGCGAAGGUAGGCACUGAUGGCAGUGAAGAAGACAAGAUGGAGUUGAAUCAAGCUACCUCGCAAGCAGGAUUGGACCUUGAGCUUCGAUUAGGGUCCGAGCCUCACGAAUCAUCUACAAGAUCGAGUACCAGAAAGUUCUCUUGA